AUGGCAUUCACACCCAGAGGAGGACGCGGCGGCGACCGUGGCGGCAGAGGCGGAUUCUCUCGAGGUGGAGGCGACCGUGGUGGAAGAGGAGGAUUCUCUCGAGGUGGUGGACGAGGAGGUCGAGGUGAUAGCAGAGGCGGCGGACGUGGAGGAGGCAGAGGCGCACCACGAGGCCGUGGUGCACCCAGAGGAAGAGGAGGAGCAGGUGCCCGAGGAGGAGCAAAGACUAUUGUUGAACCCCAUCGUCAUGCAGGCAUUUUCGUUGCCCGUGGAAAGGAAGACAUGUUGGUGACCAAGAACCUUUGCCCAGGUGAAUCAGUCUACGGCGAGAAGCGUAUCAGUGUCGAGAACUCCGGCUCCGUGAAUGCAGACGGCACACCCAAUGUCACCAAGACCGAAUACCGCGUCUGGAAUCCCUUCCGCAGCAAGUUAGCAGCAGGUGUUUUGGGCGGUCUCGACGAAAUCUUCAUCAAGCCCGGCGCGAAAGUCUUAUAUCUCGGUGCUGCAUCUGGAACUUCCGUUUCCCAUGUUGCAGAUAUUGUUGGCCCUACCGGUACCGUUUUUGCAGUCGAGUUUUCUCACCGAUCCGGCCGUGACUUGAUCAACAUGGCUACGCACCGCACUAACGUCAUCCCUAUCAUCGAGGACGCUCGCCACCCUCUACGGUACCGAAUGUUAGUUUCCAUGGUCGAUGUCAUAUUUGCAGAUGUUGCGCAACCCGAUCAAGCCCGUAUUGUUGGAUUGAAUGCGCAUCUGUUCUUGAAGGUCGGAGGAGGCAUUGUUAUUUCCAUCAAGGCAAACUGUAUCGACAGUACCGCACCAGCAGAGCAAGUAUUCGCGAAUGAGGUAACGAAGCUGAGAGAGGAGAGAAUUAAGCCUUUAGAGCAACUGACGCUUGAGCCGUUCGAGAGAGAUCAUUGUGUUGUCGUGGGACGUUAUGUCCGCUCGACCACCUAG